CGGAGCUGCCACACACACAGGCGGGGGAAAACACACACACACACACACACACACACUCAAAGCACACAAACAGCAGCGGUUGACGAAGGAGGAGGAUGAGAUAACUCCACUCUGUGAUUGCUGGCCUCAAACAGAGCAGUGCAGCAAGCAGCGAUAACCAUAACCAGCUGUGUGUUUGUGAGUGGGUGUGCGCUUGUGUGUGUGACUGUGAGAGACAGAGACACUGUGCAGUGUCAUGGCUCCUCAAGCGAGGGAUCUCGGAAGAAGAACCUUAUAGCAACACAUCCAGCGGGACUGGUUUGGAUUACUCAGAAGAGCAGAAGAGGGUUAGAGAUUGGCCUUCUUCACACAAGGAAGCAGGAUGUCGUCGGACUCUUUGUGCCAGGAUGGAGACACCCUCUGCACCAUCCGCGUGUACGAGCAGGAGGUGAUUGUGGUGCCCGUGCUGCUGUUGGCAUCGUUCAUUGGCACGCUGGUGCUGCUGCUGCUGCUGCGCUACUGCCCAGAGAGGGUGGACCGCCUGCGGGUCAAAUCGCCCAGCAAGAAUGGCACCCGCUCCAGGAGAAACCUACAGGGCAUCGACGCUCCCCUGGGCAUUAACCCUUUAGAGCACGAGAGCAUCGCUCUGGACCUGCCGUCCUACUCCACCUUCACCCCUCCUCCGUCCUCCUCCAGCGGGGUGUCCAGCAUCUACUCCAGCGGCCGCGGUUCCUUCGGCGCAGACAACGACACGUUCCGUGGCGCCUACGGCCCCGCUCCCGUCCCAGCUCCCGGCCCCGCGUUGGGCACUAUCGGUAGGGGCCCCGAGCCCCGGCAGCGGCUGCCAGAGAAGUUCAAGCUGGUCACGCCACUGCCCACGUCCUACUCGCUCAAGUCGGACGGCACGGUGUCGCUGUACCGCGCGCGCAUGGACAACCGCAACGUGGUGAUGCGGGUACUCAAAGACUCUGCCAGUGCCACAGAGUGCCAGUCCUUCCUGGGCUUUGCUUCCUUCCUGUCCCAGCUGGGGCCACACCCCUUCCUGCCGGAGCUACUGGGCGUGGUCUCCCUGCGCGCGCCACUCAUCACCGUCGUCGAGGAGAUGGAGAACCGGGACAUGCUGGGCUUCCUGUGGAGGUGCAGGCAGGAGAAUCUGAGCCUGGAUGCCAUCUGUGAGAUGACAGAGAAGCGCAUCUUCACCAUGGCCCUGCAUGUGGCCUCUGCCCUGGAGUACCUUCACAGCAAAGAGCUCGUGCACGGCAACGUAAAGGCCCGUAGUGUGCUGGUCAGCCGUCAGUUCACGGCCAAACUCUGGGGUCUGGGCGGCGUGUACGCCAGGGGGGCCGGGACUACAGGGGGCUCUAAUCCAGACGACCCCGGCAAGAAGAAGUGGCAGGCGCCAGAGCUGCUGGUCAGAAAACCCAUAACUCAGAAGAGUGAUGUUUGGUCUUUCGGGCUGAUGCUGUACGAGAUGGCAACAUUAGGGGAGGCUCCGUUUGCUGAGGUGCCAGUUACUGAGCUGCUUCAGUAUCACCAGAGAGGCAAAACCAUCAGGAAGCCCCCCAACUGCUCCAAUGCACUUUACUCCAUCAUCAAAGCCUGCUGCCAGUGGAAAGAGCAGGACCGCGUCUCAUUGGCCGAAGUGAGCCGCAAGCUCCAAUCGGGAGAGAAGAGUGCCAACGACAAGACAGUCAUCCGUGUGCCUGAGCCAAUGAACAUCGAGCGCUAUCUCCAGGAGGCGGGAUAUGGGGACUCCAAUAGCUACACAGUCUUCUAAAGAGCCCACCAUGAGGAACCACACAGUACACAUGCAGGCAGUGGGCAGUUUUUCCCCUUUGGUGACAACCCUAACAUAUGACAAAGUCCCAUCACAACACUCCCUUAAGGAAAUCUGCAACCAAAAAAUGUUUGCUUCUUACUUUUGUUCAAUAUGUGUAUCUAAAACUACCUAGAACACUACUUUAUCAUGCUUUAUCACUGUGUCAACAUUUUACCUGCAGGGCCAUCUGGCAGCAUGUUGUUCACGACUCCAAAUACAGAAGCACUACUGCAUCAUGCAUUAAUUACACUGUCAGGCAGUCGCUUCUAAUGGUGUUCUGCAUAAUUUUGCAGAUAUAUGAUAAUAUCCACCAUAAUUAACUGUCAUUUUUUCUAUUAAUGAUGUUAAUUCAAUUGAAAAUUCACUACAAAUACUGUAUACCGAAUGCAGAGUUUAUUAAAGUCCGUAGGCAAACAGAGGUUUUGCCCGAGAUCAAAUUCUGUGGAAAAAAGUGCACACAUAAAAGCGUUAAAACUUGAAGGUGCAAAGCACUAUAAUAGUUGUAAAUAUAUGUUUAAUACAUCUUGUUUAUUUACAUAGAUACAAUGAGUAAUAUAUACAAUGAUUGAAAAUCAGUCUAAUUUAUAAUGUCUUGUCAAUAGGAUGAUGGGAUAAGCAGUGGGACCACUGUAGUUUACAACAGGAGAUGUAGCCAAGUCAUGUCUGCUGUCAGACUUUACAAGUGAAGUCUGUGUUCAUUUUUUUAUUGUAUUGAGUUUUCUAAAUAGCCCAAACAAGAUCUUGCAUUAACGGUUGAGUGGAUGGUUAUUGGCUCGAUGUCAAGGUAUACCCUGAUAUCGAUUGGUUAGAAAAGAAGACAUCUUGCUGAUAAUUAGUUUGAUUGGAAGAGGAGGGACAUAGUCAGGAUGUAGAUUAUGACGACGUGAAAACAGACGUUGACCUUGUGAACCUGUUCAUUUUCAUCACAAACACACCUAGACUACCAUGACUGCACUGUAGCCACCCUCUUUAAAAAGCCGAUUUUGUAGACAUGGAUUUAAGGACGGUGGGGGUGUGGUGGCAGGUUUUGUUAGUUGUUUUUGUUAAAAGAGUAAGCUCUUAAAGCCCCUCAUAAAAGACUUCUGGCUUGGUUAAACGUGGAGAAAUAAGCUGCAAGGAUCAUUGAUUAAGUUGACCAUAAAUCUUUGAGUUCAACCACCUGCAUUAGUAAAUGUUGAAGCUUCUUGCAAUACUGACAAGGGCUUUAAUACAUUUACCUGAUGGAGCAAUGAAGUAGAGAUGGCAGAUGUAUGCAUGUCUGUAUAUGGCUCCUUGUUAUGCAAAGUGAUGACACACAACCCUCAAUGUGAUGAACCUUUGUGUCAUUUUUUCUUGCCAAUUUCCAAUAAAUCUUUGACUUGUC